GGGGCGCGGGGGUGUCGGGGGACGGCGGCGGGUGGUGGCAGCCCUCCGGGGGCCGCAGGAGCGCCGCGCCCCGCCUGCCCUCGCUGUCCGCCCUGGCUCCGCACGAGGAGCCGAGCGCCGCGGCGCUCACGUCGCUGCUGCUGCCGCCCCUGGUCCCGGGCUGCGCGCCCCGGCGCCCCGCCACCCCGCGCCAGGACCCCCCGAGGAGCGCGGCCAGGGCGGCUCCCGACUCCCUGGGCAGCCUCCUAGGGGAGUUCCUGCCCCCAAAGUUCCGGGAGUUCCUGAGCCAGCUCGGGGUCGAGUGCGUGGAGCGGCCGCAGUCACCCACAUCGCCGGCAGCCCAGCACCAAAGGGGUUUGUCGGGGUACUGCCAAAGUUCUCAGUGUCCCAGCUGCUCCUUCCUCCCAGAACAGAGGGGGCAGUCCUCGCACUUCCAGAAGGGUCUUGAGAAGAUUCUGCUCCAUCAGAUACCUACCCUAGGGCCUCAGAGGAGCGACCAGCUACAAUUUAAGAGGAACAACCAUCUCGGCACUCAGACCCCCAAGGGCCAGGCCCUGCAGACUCACAGAUCUUCUGGAGAAGGUGCAGAGGCCCGUCCCCGUCGCCGGUACUGCCCCUUCCGGGUGCGGUUCGCUGAUGAGACCCUCCGGGACACAGCUCUCCGCUACUGGGAGCGGAGUUGUGCAGCGCAGCAGUGCAUCGCUGAGAACGAGAAUGCCACAAGGUCAGCAGCACCCGGGCGGGUGCUCGGGGCGCUCGGGGCGCUUGGGCGAUGGCUGGAGAACUUGCCUACAGCCCUGUACCCCCAGCCCAUGGAGGAGGCCACAGCCAGCCCCACGUUCAGCUGGGACUGCCCUGGCCCGCCCUUCCGGGAGCUGCAAGACAUUCUAUCUGAGAACACUUCCAUGAACAGCAACCUGACCUGCACCCCCAGAGCCGCCUCCCAGAGCCAGAGGGGGGGCCUUAAAGCCUUCCUGGAAACCAAUGGCAUCCUCGAUCAGGCGGGGAAGCCGCCCACUUGGGGCCGGAAGCUGGAAUCCUUCCUGCCCAGGCUGGUUCUGAACUCCGUUCUGAAGCGAGGACGCCCAAAGGGGUACCAGCUCCUCCUGCCUCCCACCACCUGGCAGCAGGCUCAGAGAUGAAUGGUCCCCCGAACCUGGGCCCAGGCAUGGACAAGAACCACGAUGAGGCCAGGACUCUCCAGCCCCACAAAUAAACACACAUGUCCCAGGCACUGGGACCUUCCAA